GAGAGAGACGGACCACCGCAAGCACGUCCAACAGGAGAAACUACUGUACCGAGGACGUUUCUUAAAAUAGAACGAUACAUGCAGAACCAAUCUGAAGGAGCGUUCUCAACUGAGGACACUCUAAAGAAGAUAUAACAUAAUGGUUCUAAAUGCUUAUCUGUCAACGGACAAAAGCUGUAGCCUAUAUUAAACACUUAAGGAAACGUUUUUUUUUAAAAUCAAAGUGCCUCUUUAUAUCUUCUGGAAAAAGUAACACUAUUCCACGUUUAGAUUGUUCCAAUAAUAUAAACGAGAAACCUCUAUUUUCUGUUAAUUUCUUUGUAUCCAACUUCAAUAUUUUCCGUCAAAACAGACGUCCGAGUAAUUUCGAUGUGCACACUUACGCCGCGUAUUGGCUGAGAAGACAGUUGAAGGAACCAACAGGAGAAUAACGGGGAUUCUGUGAAUUCUGGCUGGAAUUUCCCCCUAUCUCUCAGGCUUGCUUGAAUCUGGAUGUGGCUUGCACACCUUACGUACGGCGAGGAUCUAAAGGGUCGCGAGGGCAGUUCAUUCAAAGACAGGGUUUGUGUGGGAGCUGUUUAACUAAUGAUUCGUUAUUCAUGUUUGUCCUUGGUUUCAAAGGAGAGACAUUUACUCUUGUUUUCCCUCUUCUUUAUCCGUACCAGUUAAAUGAAAAUAGCCACUCGCCCGGAAUCGGAGACAAGGAGUGAAUUUUCAGCUUUUUUUUUUUUUUGAGAGCCUCUCCGCGUAUGAUUCCUUCUCGAUCUAAUUCACUGUAGGAACAUCGCCUCUGAUCAUAGACCCCCCACGGCGAUCAUCCAGUAAGUUCCAAUGUUCAGAUCUUCUGUUAAUUUCCCCUUUAACUCUUAAAACUCAUAUAUGGUCGCCAAAUCUGCAACGUGAGAGCCAUGACUUUAUGAGUUUCCCCAGUUUAUUAAACAGCCUUAUGGCGUUGCUUCGGAUUUUCACAGUUUAAUUUCAGUUCGUGGAAAACUGAGAUUUUGCUUCCUAGGGCGUGUAUACAUAUGGAUGAAACGGCGACAAACAGGUUGGUGCUUACUGCCAGAAACUUCGAAAAAGAUGUAGCCUACAACGAUACUCUUCCUGCCACGUCUUCUUUCUCCUGGACCUGAUUUGUUUUUACCAACUCCGGGGGAUGCCACGGGCUAAAGCUGAAACAAUUACAUCAAAAACAAACCGACACAUAUUACACACGUGAUAAAAAAAUAACCUGAAAUCGUUUUCAUUUCGAUCCUUUUCAUUAUACUGCAACAUUGACUGUCGUAUCACGAGAAACGUGGGCAAUCUCUUUCCUGGUCGUUGAUGGCACUACGCACCGAGAGGACUUGGUUUGGGCAGGUCUUGCGCAGAGUCUCUCGGCUGCAGGGCACCUGGUCCCGGCGAUCGAGCAGUCUCUUGUGUCUCUCUUCUAACCAAGAACAGGAUACGGGAACCUGUUACAGGGACCAUAACCGUCCCCGUUGCUCCGGUAUUCAUCGCACUCAUCAUCACCAAAACCACAAUAUCUGUCCCCCUGGUUCCAAUCGCUGCCAGAGCUUUCCUGACUGCUGCGCCUUUUUGGACAAUCCGAGGGGACAUGAACCCCUCACUCGCCGGUUCCUGGUGGCCAUGAAGCGGCAGAACGUGCGGACCCUGUCCCUGAUUAUCUGCACGUUCACCUAUCUCCUGGUUGGGGCGGCGGUGUUCGAUGCUCUGGAAUCGGAUUUCGAAAUGCGGGAGAAAGAGCAGCUUGAGGCCGAGGAAAAGCGACUCCAAGGGAAAUACAACAUAAGCGACGAAGACUACAGCAAACUGGAGACUAUCAUUAUGGAGGCCGAGCCCCACAGAGCCGGGGUUCAGUGGAAAUUUGCAGGCUCAUUUUACUUUGCAAUUACAGUCAUCACCACUAUAGGAUACGGGCACGCAGCUCCAGGAACAGACGCAGGGAAGGCCUUCUGCAUGUUCUACGCCGUCCUGGGGAUCCCCCUGACGCUGGUGAUGUUCCAGAGCCUCGGUGAGCGCAUGAACACCUUCGUCAAGUACCUCCUGAAGCGCAUCAAGAAGUGCUUCGGCAUGCGGAUCACCGACGUCUCCAUGGAGAACAUGGUGACCGUGGGGUUCUUCUCCUGCAUCGGAACCCUGUGCAUCGGCGCAGCGGCCUUCUCGCACUACGAGGAGUGGAGCUUCUUCCAGUCCUACUAUUACUGCUUUAUCACAUUGACUACCAUAGGGUUUGGGGACUUUGUGGCCCUCCAAAAGAACAGGGCCCUCCAGAAGAAGCCCCUGUACGUGGCCUUCAGCUUUAUGUACAUCCUGGUGGGCCUGACCGUGAUCGGGGCCUUCCUUAACCUGGUGGUCCUCCGCUUCUUGACCAUGAACAGCGAGGACGAGCGGCGGGACGCGGAGGAGCGCGCCUCGCUGGCGGGGAACCGGAACAGCAUGAUCAUCCACCUCCAGGAGGACUCCGGCCACGGGCGCUCGCGCUACCGGGCGGAGGUGACGGACCUGCAGUCGGUCUGCUCCUGCACGUGCUACCGCUCGCACGAGUUCGCCGGCCGCUUGGCCUCCCACCAGAACUCCUUCAGCUCGCAGCUGAACCCCCAGUACUUUCACUCCGUCUCCUACAAGAUCGAGGAAAUCUCGCCGAGCACCCUGAAGAACAGCUUCUUCCCCUCGCCCAUUAGCUCCGUGUCACCCGGCCUCCACAGCUUCACGGAUAACCACCGGCUAAUGAAGAGAAGGAAAUCCAUUUGAGCCUUCGGCAACACCUAACUUUAACGUUAUAAAACUUCAUUACAAAUGCUGCUCCCACCAAAUCUCAUUUUAGCACUUUUUGUUAUAUAUAUAUAUAUUCCAGUAUAUAUAAAUUAUGUUUUCUUUGAUAAAUCAGCAGAAGGUGGACAAAAACAGCAACUUUGACAAGACAAGAGACACAACCACUGUUCCCCUGGAAGACCGAGGGAAUACUAAGCAUGACGCAUGGAUAACUAUCUUUCCUGAGGAUUGUUGUUCUGAAAAGAUGUCCACACUUCGCUCAAUCCACUUUGGAUGAGUCAGAGUACAAUAUUUUAAUGUUGGUUUCAUACCAAAUAUUGCACACUAAAACUAUGGUCACAGUAUUGUACAAGAGGAGGGGGGGAGGGGAAGGGGUAUUAUUUUUUUAAAAGGGAGUGUGCCUGUUUUGACCUUAACUUGAAUUGAACGCAGUCAAGUGCGAUUUCAGUGCCACAGUCAAAACAAAUAAAUAAUCUCUGUGUCAGAAGCUAAUUUAAAAGCAUCAGGUAUCAUUUUCUAUAAGCAAUUAUAUUUUGAGAAGGGAAACUGGUUUCUUUGACUUCAGCAAAUUGAUCAUGCCAAAAUAUUCUUGCCAAUCAGAGUCAUGCGCAUUCAAUAUCAUAAAGGGUCUGCCAUGGUUGAUUUUAUUUCUGUUUUUUAACGCCACACAUUUCAUAUAUGUAUGGUACAUGUAUCUAGAGGUUUGAUUUUCAAGAUUGUAUAAAAUAUGAACAUAGAAACGGGGGCAGCAAAGAUUUUUUAAAAGCUUGCCAGUUUGAAAAAGUAAACAAAUGCAUGUACUUAGUAAAACUGGUAUGCAUAUUUCAGAAAACAGGAUUUAACACAAUAGUAAACUAGCAAUUGAAUUAAAUAUUAAAAGCAAAUAAUCUUGGAAUGAUUUUUUAAAGAAAUAGUUUGUCUAUUCAUUUUUGCCACUUUAAAUAAUUCCAACAAUUAAAUGUAAUGGAAACUGUGUUACAAUACUUGCUUUUCAAAUUUUGAUUAAAAUGGUCUUAUUUGUUAAAUGGAUGAAUGAUUUGUCAUGGGGAUGAUAAUAAUAUUUGCUCUCAGGUUUAGAAAUGAAUAGCCUUCUGUGUUCUAAGCUUCCCAAAAAAAGAAAAGAAAAUUACAAUGUUGGGUAGGGAAGGGGAGGAGGGGUGAAAUUGCAUUUAGAUAUUCUAAUGCUAAUGACUUCUUUCAUCUGUAAAAUAAAAUAUAUAUAUACAUAUCAAUUUAUUUUUUUAAGGAGAUACACAUUUUCCCAGGAAAAGCUCAUUGAGAUGCAUCAUCUUAUCAAGGGAAGCUAUGUGUCGGAUGACGACGACGGUCGGCCAUCUUGUCAGCACAGCAGAGCGUUCUCGACAGCACUCCCCGCGUAAAUGUAAACGGAGGCCGAACCGAGACUGCCGGACCUUAUGAGCAAUUCUGUAAGGAUGUGGGGAACGAGGACAGGGCGGCCGACGGAUUCACUCGCCAUGUGUAGCACUCAACCAUCUAGAUGUGAUUUAAUGGGCCAAAAGAGAAGCACGGCACAGACAGUAUUACAAAUCACAAACCUCCGAAAUCGACCGGUACUGGCUGGGUUCUAACUGUCACUUCAUACAUAACAAUGUAGUUAUUACUAUGCCACUCUCAAAUAAUAACCAAGAAAAGAACUGUGAAUAAUUUUUAAAAAAGCAUCUAUUUCAAGAUGAGCCAUCAGAAUAAGGUAGACCACUAUAUUCCGAGUUGGGAAUUUGACAGUUUUAACAGGCCCUGUACUAAGCAGGUCUAUUGCCAUUGUUUUAAAUGCAAAUUUGUUCUGCUGCUAGCAUACAACAGGGUUGAAGCCAAAUGCAUUUAAAUGCAGGCUUUUAUGAUGACACAAAUACAAGCAUAUACUACUCACUACUGAGGUUGAAUGACUAAUGAAUUGAUACAAUUAAUCUCACUUCAGGACAUUCACUGGCCAGUUUGCCAAAUCCUCAAAAAGGUUAAUAAAAUAAUAAUAAUAAAAAUAAUAAUAAUAUACAAACAUUCAGAAGUAUAAAUAAGCCUGUUCUCAAAAGACUGUGAGUGAUAUAGGAUGCCAGGAAAAAAAGUAGAUCCAUUACAGCUCUGUAAUUUUCUGAAAAGGGGUUUUUAUUUUCUAUUAAUUUAAGCCCUUUUGUAAAUAUGUGAUUUUAUAAAUGACUGUAAAAUACAAUAUUAUUUGAUAUUUUCAAGAUCAAGUACAAAGGCAUUUACUUCAAUUAAAAGCGAAUGCAAUUAUAUUCCACACAAUGUCUUCUGUGCAGGAUAAUGUGCCUUUAAGAAAAUGCAUCUUUGGUAGUUUUUCUUAAACAAAGGCACAUUGUUAAUCCAGACAUUUGAUAACUCCCAUUAAUUUGUCCUUUCCACAAGAACAAUACAAGUAUUCACUUUUAAUCUGAACACCAAGCCAACCAAAACUUCUGUUUACUAAUGUGUGCAGAUUAUAAGAGAGAAAAUUAUAUAUACUUGCUCACGAUAUUUUGUGAUCUUAAAGAGAACUAUACAGUUAUAAAGAGAGAUUAAAUUCAAAGCAAAUCAAAAAAAAAAAAACUUUUCAGCCAUGCUUUUGUUAUUAAUAUCCACCACUACAUGCUCCAUUUGACAACUAAUGCAUGUAUAGCUAUAAAUUGCAGAAUUGCUCAUAAAUGCUUGAAAUAUUAGUUCAUAUAAUGUAGAUAAUUGUUGUCAUGGUUUUCCCCCCUAAAAUGGGCUGAUAAUUCACUUGUUGUUCAAUUGAUGUUGCUUGCUGAAGACCCAAAAAACAAAUCAAAUAACACAGAAUCAAGAAUAUUUAACUUAAAACAAUUUCCACGAAGAGGGUCCUAGCCUCUGACAUAUUUGUAUUAAAUCUGGGAAACUUCAAGGCUUUGGAAUUCCCUCAGCAAAUUCCUUUAACUGUCUUAUUCUGGUAUCCCGUUGAAUGAAUUUAUUAAAAGAGGAGGCUUUAUCCACGGUUACAUGUCACUGUAAAACACACUUUUUAAUAAAAAAGCAAUUUCAAAUUUUUAACAGCUUUUGAAUGAAUAAAUAAUAAAAUUGCAUUCAAUUAUUAUUACAUCUUUAUGGUGAUCAUAAACUGAAGCAACUAGACUUUGACUUUAUUCAAUUUAACCACAAUACGUACUGUUCUUUAACAUGGAAUAACAAGGCUUACCUUUUUUACAUUUGCAAACUAUACACAUAUACUUUAGGUUAGCGGUCAAUAAAACCAUACCAUAUCUAUAAGAUGAAAAAAGAAGCAAAAACCUGUUACUAAGAGCUGUCUGUGGUUAAAUUGAAUAGAUGUCUUUAUAAUCUCUCACUGUGGAUAAAAAGUUUAUCUCUUUCUGUGGAUAACAUGUAAAUUGUUGGAAUUUAACUUCUCUUUUUAAUACUUAUUUAUUCAUAUAUCUAUUUAGUUCCUUAUGAUAAUGCUGCAUUGCAGCUACCUGCAUGAAUUGGAAGUAUGUUUUGGAAUGCUUGGAUUAAGAUGGUUAUGAAUCUUUCAAUGUCCUAUUUUGAUUUUUUUUUUUUAUUUCCGCUUUUGAGCAAGUGUAUUAGAAACAGUAUCCCCUUAUGUAUAGCUAUGUUUUUUUCCAUCAACAACAUAAUUCUUGCCUUGAGUGAAAUCUUGAGACAAAGGACAACAGUUGUGACAAGAACAAAAGUGGUAAAAUUGCACUACUUCUUGUUUCAGAUUAAAACAGAAAUGUAUUUUAAAAACACAUAACAGACCUUGGGACUAUUUGUAUCGUUAAUUGUCUUUACCUGUCUUUUUUAUUCCCUCCCAGAUGUCUCCAUUCACAAAGGGUCACAAAUGAUGGGAACCCACAUACACUGUUAACAAGGAAAACAAAACAA